AUGGCCAUGAAUCAAAUUAAAGGCCACAAUAUCUAUAUUGGAGGUAUUUUUAGUCUCAAAAACAAAGCAGCACUUGCGCGGGCAGAUAUCUCGCAUGUUCUCUCAGUGCUACGUCUCAGUCAAACCGAGCAACUGGAGACUUUCGCACCGUACCAACAUCUUUCCAUAGAUGUUGACGAUGUUGAGGAUGACAACUUAUUGGAACACUUCCCCUCCGCCAUCAAGUUCAUUCAGUCCGGCCUUGACGGCGGUGGAGGAGUACUUGUGCACUGUGCGAUGGGGAAGUCCCGCUCCGCGACUAUCUGCAUCGCCUACUUGCUCCACCGGCAGCCGGGAGCACUCACACCGGAAUCUGCCCUUGCACUGAUCCGUGAGAGCAGACCCUUGUGUGAGCCAAAUCCUGGCUUCAUGCAACAGCUAGAGCUAUACCAUAAGAUGGGCUGUCCAGACGAUGUGACCGACCACCCAAUGUACAAGCGCUGGCUUUAUCAGCGGGACGUUGAAGAAAGCGUGGCAUGUGGCCGUGCUCCAGAGCUUAAAUCUGUGCGCUUCGAAGAUGAACAGCCUUUACCGUCACAAACGGCCACCGGUCCAACGCUCGAGAUCAGAUGCCGCAAAUGCAGGACCAAAUUGGCAACGAGUCCAUUCAUCAUUCCACACGAAGAAGAAAAGCAAAAUACUGCCAAGUCCUCAGCCACUGCCGAAUGCGGUCAUGUCUUUCUCCACCCUCUGACCUGGAUGCGCCCGAGUCUCUUCCCAACCGCGGACGAGGCCGAAGAUAUCCCGGGUGCGACAUAUGGUGCGCACCCCGAUGAUGCUCCCCUUUCUGGACGUCUCACUUGCCCCAACGCCGUCUGCGGAUCCAACGUUGGCAAAUUCGCAUGGCAGGGUCUGCGAUGCAGCUGCGGUGGAUGGGUGGUGCCUGCCAUCGGUCUCACCAAAGCCCGCGUCGAUAUUGCGAAACAGGUCAGCCUAGCUCCGAGAGCUAAUCCUGCCAUCCGUCUUCCUCCGGGCAUGCGAGCUCCGGAUGCCAAUAGUUCUGGACGUGGCAACCUUUGA